ACGAAACCCCCACCCCGCACCUUUCAACCUUUGUUCGGCACGCUCCUCAACUCUUUCGCCGGAAAACUCCAGGCGUGAGCAACUGAAUCCCUCGGCACUAUGGAGGAUGAGGAUGGCCAGCAGGGGCAAGGACAUCGCCGGACUCGGUCCGCCAUGGUUUCCUUACUCGCCCCCUCUCACUCCCAUCGCCAGAAAUCUCACUCUCGACACGCGUCGGCUGCAGUUAGUCCUAGUUCUUCCCAACAAAAUAUCGAACCACUCCCGAGUGCUACGCCAGCACCAAGUGUCAAAGGCUCGGCCCGAGGUUCCGUUAAACCGGAACUCCAACCUGAAAUGUCAUCCUCCUCGACAGGAUCCCUUGCCAACUCAGGAGUUCUGGUAGCUGGUCCUGGUGGUGGUGGGAGGACUGUGGAAGAGACGGUACGAAAUUUUCGAUUGUAUGAGGCACUUCGAUGUGGGGAUACUGCCGCAAUUACACGCGCAAUCCGGGAGUCAUCCGGGGAAAACGGAGCAAGGUCUUCCAUUUCAUCCUCGGUGGAGGCCUUUUCCAGUGCUGCCAAAUCUUCUGUUCUUCACCUUGCUGUCCAAUGUGCAGAACUUCCUGUCUUAGAGUACAUACUUUCUACAACCACAACCGACCCGAAUGCCGAAUCGAGUCUACCAUACCUGGAUAUCAAUCAGCGAGACCCCAAUACUGGCAAUACCCCUCUUCAUCUAGCUGCACAUCUGGGCCGGACUGAAGUGGUCUCUUUUCUCCUUAAACAACCUGAAAUCAACGACAGUAUCCACAAUUAUAACAAUCGGACUCCUCUUGAGGUUUCCAGAACUCCACAAAUAUUUCAACUGCUCCAGCUCGCAAGAUCUAUUUACCUCGAAGAGAUCACUGAAAAGCUCUAUAGCCUGAUAAACCGCCAGUCUUACAGCGAAAUAGAGACCCUCUUGGAGAUACCGAGGGUUAAAGGAUUGUUGGAUCUGAAUGCUCUUGAACCCCCCACAAAUGGUGGGUCAACACUAUUACACGAUGCGGCUAGGAAAAGAGAUAUCAAGCUUAUCGAGAUAUUAUUGCUCCACGGAGCUGAUCCUUUCCGAAGGGAUAAGAAGGGGAAAUUGCCACAAGACCUGCGAAGGCCGCUGCGAGAGGAAUCGAAGAACGGGCUUGGUGCUCCCAGCAUGGGGGCUGAUGGGCUUUCUUCAAGCAUUGGCGGGAAGGAAGGCAGGGAGACAAAAGGUUACCUCAAAAAAUGGACCAACUAUACUACUGGGUAUAAGUUAAGAUGGUUUGUCUUGGAGGAUGGUGUGUUAAGUUAUUACAAACAUCAGGAUGAUAUUGGUUCUGCCUGCCGCGGUGCGAUAAAUAUGAGGAUAGCUAAGCUUCAUAUGGACCCCCAAGACAAACAGCGCUUCGAAAUUCACGGCAAAGGCAGUGUCAAGUACCAUUUGAAGGCGAACCAUGUUGUUGAAGCUAAGCGUUGGUAUUGGACCCUCAAUAAUGCGAUUCAGUUCGCCAAGGAUGAGGCGCGAGAGGAAGAGAGACGGAAGCGAGGGGAGGCUGAGAAGCUGGGAAAGAUUCGGGAGCAAGCGAGGGGUGGGGACGGAGAGGGGGCAGCCGACAUGAGCAGGCGCGGAAGUAGGGCAGGGAGCGUAAUCAGCGAUAUCAAGCGGGGUAAUCUUCGCACAAGAGGCAGCGGCCUUGCCGAAGACGAUAGCGAUUCUUAUGAACCCAGUGUUAGCGCACCGGGAAUUCUAGUUCGUAGGGAUGGCGAAGGGGUUGAAGAGGGUCAAGAUAUUGAUGAUGACGAUUCAUCUUCUCAUGCUCAAGCUGAUCCUCCUUCCUCGGACACCCUUGCACUUACGGCAAAUUCUGCGAGAUUACAGCUCGAUUUAUUAUCACAAGUUGUACUUGCUCUGCAGUUUGAGCAUGCUAACAACCCUGCUUUGACUCUGAGCGACCCCACUGUUUCUGCUGCCUUGACUAGCUAUGACUCUGCUGUUUCUAGCUUGAAGACUCUCAUUGGUGACUGCUUGGCAAUGAGCAAAGAGAGGGAUGCUUACUGGAGGUAUAGGAUGGAGAAGGAGGUUGCGUUGAGAAGGCUAUGGGAGGAGAAUAUGGCCCUUCUCGCAUAUGAACAAGAUGAACUUGAGGGCAAGGUUAUUGGAGAGAGGCAGAGGAGGAAAAGGGCAAAGAAGGCAUUAAAGGAAGCUCUUAAGAAGAGCGAGAGCAUGCCUUUGAGCCCGCACGGAGAACUCCUAGGGGGUCGAGGCAAAGAGAUUGAGGGUGUUGGUAGAAAGCUUGAGGAGGUGGAACUCGACAACGAAGGUCUGGCUAGAAGGGAUAGCACAAACCUCCCGCUGAGUGAAGCGGUGGGCGAGGGUUUGAGUGGUAGCGACAGCGAUAGUGACGCUAGUGCCGAAUUCUUUGACGCUGUUGACAAUGGGGAGGUUGAGGUUAUGACCGAAAUGCCCAUGACCGUCAGGAGCCCGGGAUUGCCGGAAGCCAAGGAACUCAUGUCACCAAUCGAGAGCACCUUAGGGGAUACGAGGGAGAAAAAGCUGGACGCAAUCAAGGGCAGUUUUAGAGGAUACGAGGAUGGUAUAAGAGAGAGGUUGUCGAUGGACGCAGAUGAUCGUCCAAAAAUAUCCCUAUGGGGAAUUCUCAAAUCUAUGAUCGGGAAAGAUAUGACAAAAAUGACGCUUCCUGUAUCUUUUAAUGAGCCAACUUCCCUUCUUCAACGGGUGGCCGAGGAUAUGGAAUAUACGGACCUCUUGGAUCAAGCUGCUGACCGCUCUGAAUCAACCGAGAGAAUGGUUUAUGUUGCUGCUUUUGCAGCCAGUGAAUAUAGCUCUACCACUAACCGUGUGGCGAAGCCAUUCAAUCCGUUACUGGGAGAAACCUACGAAUACUGUCGCCCGGAUAAGAAGUACCGGUUCUUUAUCGAACAAGUAUCCCACCAUCCUCCUAUUGGAGCCGCAUGGGCAGAGGCCGAAAAGUGGGAUUAUUGGGGAGAGUCUGCUGUGAAAUCAAAGUUUUAUGGAAAGAGCUUCGAUAUCAACCCAUUAGGAACUUGGUUUCUGAGGCUCAGAACUGCCGAUGGCAGCGAAGAGCUGUACACCUGGAAGAAAGUUACUAGCUCCGUAGUUGGUAUCAUCACCGGGAGUCCAACAGUUGACAAUUACGGACCUAUGGAAAUCAAAAACUGGACAACUGGGGACACUUGUCUUCUUGAUUUCAAAGCACGCGGAUGGAGGGGCGCAGGAUACGAGGUCAAGGGACGAGUCUUGAACGGUGAUGGCGUACAGGUAUGGAGUAUCGGCGGCCGGUGGAACGACAAGAUUUAUGCUCGCCUGAGUCCUGGAUACGAUGCCGUCAUUUCACCCCAAGACGCCGUUAGUGUUGGCAGCGGUAACCCUGGAUCCAACGCCGCUUUCUUAGUCUGGCAGAGCCACCCUCGCCCACCUGCUCCAUUUAACCUUACUCCUUUCGCCAUCACUCUCAAUGCCCUACCGGAGAAGUUGAAGCCCGUCCUUUGCCCUACGGACACAAGAUGGAGACCUGAUCAACGUGCGAUGGAAGAAGGGGAGUACGAUUUCGCCGCUACGGAGAAGAAUCGUCUUGAGGAGAAGCAGAGAGCUAAGAGAAGGGAGAGACAUGAGGCUGGUGUCGAAUACAAGCCGAGAUGGUUCGAGAAGGGAACUUGCGACGUGACUGGCGAGGAGUACUGGGUUUUUAGGGGCGAGUACUGGAGGAACAGAGAUGAGGUGGCGGAGGGCGGUGGAUGGGUUGAAAUCGAGGACAUCUUUUAGAGAUAAAGCUUAGACGCUGAGAGGGGUGUCUAGCCUUUUCCCUCUCUUGCACUAGACGUGCGUAAUGGGGUCUGUCUUUCCUAAUUGAUGUGGCCGGGAUUGUGGGAGACCUUUGACUUUUCUUUUCUUUUCGUUCCUCAGUAAAGGCUUCCAGGUAUUUUGUAAGUGAUAUGGAGUAAGCCGGAUACAGUAUGCGGAAGGUUGCCUGGGGAAGUUUACAAAAUGAGAUUAUUGUAGAUCUGUUAACUUGCAACUUA